AUGACUGAUCGCUACGUCGCUGUUCACAAAGCCGCCAGCGGUCCGGGAGACGCUCGACCCACAGCCGAGCAGAUCAUCAAAGACGAGAACCUCGAGGGAAAAUUGACGGACCAUGUCGUCCUCAUCACAGGUUGUUCAGCAGGUAUUGGCGUCGAAACUGCCAAAGCGAUGUAUCUCACUGGGGCUACUCUGUACUUGACCGCCCGCGACAUCGAAAAGGCCAAGAAAGCUCUAGGCGGCGAUCUUGUUCAAAGUGAUCGCGUUAAUUUUCUCGAGAUGGAUCAGGUGUCACUCAAUAGCGUUCGAUCCUGCGUCGCGGACUUCCUACAUGAGAGUCCAAAAUUGGAUAUCCUUAUCUGCAAUGCCGGAGUUAUGUGUACACCCGGGGCACAUACCAGGGACGGCUUUGAGAGUCAAUUUGCAACAAACCACCUCUCCCACUUUUUGCUGUUCAACCUACUUCUACCGGCACUACGCAAGGGCGGAACGCCUGAUCGCUCAGCCCGGGUCGUUAUCCUUUCUUCACUGGCUCACCGCUUCGGCGAAGUCAACUUCGACAACGUGAACCUCGAAGGCUGCUACGAUCCCAACAAAGCCUACGCGCAAAGCAAAACCGCCAAUCUCUGGACCGCAAACGAAAUCGAGCGUCGCUACGGAUCCGAAAGAAUCCACGCAUGGAGCGUUCAACCUGGUGCUGUGUUCACCGAUUUAGGGAGACACAUGUCCGAGGAAGCGAAGAGUAAGAUCGGUGCAGAUCCAUAUCUUCAGAAGGUCUGGAAGUACUCUGACCAGGGUGCUGCGACGACUGUUUGGGGUGCUACGGCGGAGGCUUUGGAGGGGAAAGGAGGAAAGUAUCUUGAGGAUUGUCAGAUUAUUGGGAAGUGGGAUCCUGAGAGUUCGAUGUAUGAACCUGGGUAUGCGGAGUGGGCUUAUGAUGAGGAGAAGGCGAGGAAGUUGUGGGAGAAGUCGGUGGAGUGGGUAGGACUCUAG